CGGGGACGCACCUUGGCGCGGUGGCGGGCCAUCCCGCGGGACUUGCGGGGGCCUCGGUAGGGAGUCGUCUAGCUGCACCCAGGCCGGGAGUUCGCGGGUCCCGGGGACUCUCCCUCACCCCACCCCUGACUGAAUCAGGGAACCAGCCUGGGAAACACUUUCCCAUGGAAGACGGAAUGCAGCCAGCGUUCCUGUGACUGAGUCAGCUCCUGGUGUUCUGCUACUCAUUGCGUUCUUCAGAUAAACAGUUCCUGCUUCCCUGUGACCGCUGCUAAAGUAAAGCCGGCAUCUGUAGUGCUUUCUCAGAACUUAGACGGAGGUUGUCCGUUGAACUUUGAAGUCUGUAAAUGCUUGCAAGUUUUGCAGAAUAAGAAAGCUAACCUGAAUAUUGGGGGGAAAAACAGAGAAGAGAAACAAGGAUUGAAGACAAGGUUUUCCAGUUUGCAUAAUAUUUGCCUCAUGGAUACAUUUCAUAGCAUUAUUAUGUGAUAUGAGAAGUUAUUUUUCUUUUUUGAAGUAACAUGGAUUUUAUACUACAGAAUCAAGAGAAUUGGCUUUAUAGGAAAUUUUGAUAUAUAAAAAGUGGUAGAGGUUUUUAUAGAUAACCAUGACAACAUCGUAUAUGAAUGGGCAUGUGACAGAGGAAUCAGACAGCGGAAUAAAAAAUCUUGGUCUUGCAUCACCAGAGGAACAUCCGAAACACCGAGAGAUGGCUGUUGACUGCCCUGGAGAUUUGGGCACCAGACUGAUGCCAGUGCGAAGAAGUGCACAGUUAGAGCGCAUUCGACAGCAACAGGAGGAUAUGAGACGUAGGCGUGAAGAAGAAGGGAAAAAGCAAGAACUUGACCUAAAUUCUUCCAUGAGACUUAAGAAACUAGCUCAAAUUCCCCCGAAGACUGGAAUAGAUAACCCUAUAUUUGACACAGAAGAAGGAAUUGUUUUAGAAAGUCCUCACUAUGCUGUGAAAAUAUUAGAAGUUGAAGACUUGUUCUCUUCACUUAAACAUAUCCAGCACACUUUGGUUGAUUCUCAGAGCCAGGAGGAUAUUUCACUGCUUUUACAGCUUGUACAAAAUAGAGAUUUUCAGAAUGCAUUCAAGAUACACAAUGCUGUCACAGUGCACAUGAACAAGGCCAGCCCUCCGUUUCCUCUUAUCGCCAAUGUACAAGACCUUGUACAAGAGGUACAAACUGUCUUAAAGCCAGUCCAUCAGAAGGAAGGACAAGAAUUAACUGCUUUGUUAAAUGCUCCACAUAUUCAGGCACUUUUACUGGCCCAUGAUAAGGUUGCUGAGCAGGAAAUGCAGCUAGAGCCCAUUUCAGAUGAGAGAGUCUAUGAAAGUAUCGGCCAUUAUGGGGGAGAAACUGUAAAAAUAGUUCGUAUAGAAAAGGCUCGGGAUAUUCCAUUGGGUGCCACGGUUCGUAAUGAGAUGGAUUCUGUCAUCAUAAGUCGGAUAGUGAAAGGAGGCGCGGCAGAGAAGAGCGGGCUUCUGCACGAAGGAGACGAAGUCCUAGAGAUCAACGGCAUCGAAAUCCGGGGCAAGGACGUCAAUGAGGUUUUUGACUUGUUGUCUGAUAUGCACGGUACGUUGACAUUUGUUCUGAUUCCUAGUCAACAGAUCAAGCCUCCUCCCGCCAAAGAAACUGUAAUCCACGUGAAAGCUCAUUUUGACUAUGACCCCUCAGAUGACCCUUAUGUUCCCUGUCGAGAGUUAGGGCUGUCUUUUCAAAAAGGAGAUAUACUUCAUGUGAUCAGUCAAGAAGAUCCAAAUUGGUGGCAGGCCUAUAGAGAAGGAGAUGAAGACAAUCAGCCUCUAGCUGGACUUGUUCCAGGGAAAAGUUUUCAGCAGCAAAGGGAAGCCAUGAAGCAAACUAUAGAAGAAGAUAAGGAGCCAGAAAAAUCAGGAAAACUAUGGUGUGCAAAGAAGAAUAAAAAGAAGAGGAAAAAGGUUUUAUAUAAUGCCAAUAAAAAUGAUGAUUAUGACAAUGAAGAGAUCUUAACGUAUGAAGAAAUGUCACUUUACCAUCAGCCAGCAAAUAGGAAAAGACCUAUCAUCUUGAUUGGUCCCCAGAACUGUGGCCAGAAUGAACUGCGCCAGAGACUCAUGAACAAAGAAAAAGACCGCUUUGCAUCUGCAGUUCCUCAUACAACUCGGAAUAGGCGAGACCAUGAAGUGGCUGGGAGAGAUUACCACUUUGUUUCACGGCAAGCAUUUGAAGCAGAUAUAGCAGCUGGCAAGUUCAUUGAACAUGGUGAAUUUGAGAAAAACCUGUAUGGAACCAGCAUAGAUUCUGUACGACAAGUAAUCAACUCUGGCAAAAUAUGUCUUUUAAGUCUUCGAGCACAGUCCUUGAAGACCCUCCGGAAUUCAGAUUUGAAACCAUACAUCAUCUUCAUUGCACCACCUUCACAAGAGAGACUUCGGGCGUUGUUAGCCAAGGAAGGCAAGAACCCAAAGCCGGAAGAAUUAAGGGAGAUUAUUGAGAAGACAAGAGAGAUGGAACAGAACAACGGCCACUACUUCGACACUGCGAUUGUGAAUUCAGAUCUCGAUAAAGCCUAUCAGGAACUGCUUAGGCUUAUUAACAAACUGGACACCGAGCCUCAGUGGGUGCCAUCCACCUGGCUAAGGUGAAGGAAAUGGCUGUUCUGUGUCAUUAUGAUGAGCUUUAUUUGAUAAACCGCCAACAGGAAGAUGGCCUUAACGCUGAGAGUUAUCUCUUACACUAGUGAGAAAGGCCCGUUAGGCAAUUUGUACACAACAAACACUUCUUGCACAUUGCUUUAGGGGGCCUUGACUUGUUUGGAGAUUUAAAAUGGAAACUUUCUUCAGAGCAUUUCUGAUUUAUGUUUUCACCUUUCUUGCCUCUUGGUCAGAUGUCUGUAAAAAAAAAUGUAUGUAUAUACGUAAUAUACCAUUGUCUCACUUAGGUAUGAAUACUAACAUUAUUUAACAUUUAACUUAAAUGACUUCAUGGGAUUAUUGAGAGAAGGGGCUGUGCUUCUGUGCACUGAGAAUAACAGUAUUUUCUUAAACUGAUUUAGUCAUCAGAAAUAUUUCUCUUAAAGAAAAGGAAAAAAAGUGUCACUUUAGUUUGGAGCAACUUCUUAAGUUUAAAUUUAUUGGUUAAACUUUUCAUUCUGAAAAACAUUCCAUUAAAAAUACUAACUUUGUUAGGCAUGGAAGCGCACGCCUUUAGUCCCAGCACUCAAGAGACAGAGGCAGGUGAAUCUCUGAGUUCAAGGCCAGCCUUGUCUUCAGAGUAACUUCCAGGCCAGUCAAGUCUGCACAGAGAAACCCUGUCUCGAAAAACCGAAAGUAAAAAUAAUUAGUCCAGUCCUUCAGCUUGGACUUUGUGGCAGAGAAUGCACAAUCAGCAGCCGCCAGUGUGGUUACAAGUAUACAACAGAUGCUGACAUUUUUAAAGAUAGAAUUUUCUGAAUUACUUUACUAAAUUGUGAUUUGAUAGCCUUGACUCCUUGCUCUGAUAAAAAGUU